CACCACAGCUGUUUUGCUUGCAAAGUUCUUAAUUAUUAUUGUUUUCCUCCUUAGUUUUUUUUCUUUUGUUUGCAAUUAAUUAUGUUCCUUUGGCAUUUUUUGAGCCUUUUGUGCCUUGCUUUCGUCUCCAACGAGGCGAAAUCCAUCAAGAAGUCGCAUGUUAAUCUGUUGGAGCCAACUUUUGAUCAGGAUGAUAAGCUGGGGAGGAUUGGGAUUUCCCCGCCUGACAUUUCCAAUAAUGUGCAACGUGUGCAGCAGGUUCCAUGGAAUGAUCCACCUGAUAAGGAUCAUGGCUGGCAGGGAAAAUGGUUUCCCCAUGUCCCAGGAGAUCCGCAGGAUAGAAAGCAGUCCAAGGAAGAGACUACCACCACGGAGACAGUUUCAGUUGCUCCACUGGAGAUGAAAACCAAGGACAAUUGGCAGGGCAAGUGGUUUCCCCAAGCACCAGGAGCACCCCAUCUGGUCAGGAACGACUCCACAUCGCAGGAAAUUACCUCCACCACCGGAGCACCACAUGUAAUAAAGAAAAAACCGCUGGACGGAUGGAAUUCGCAGGAAGCUGAGGAGAAAAGCACCACGGAGGAGGUCAAGAUAGAGGAGUCCAGCACCCAGGGUCAGGAUGUUUGGCAGGGCAAGUGGUUUCCCCAAGGUCCCAAUGAACCGCACAAAACUAAACCUAUCAUUUGCGAUGAUGGCAAGAGCAACCUCGCCGUGGAUUACGAUCCAAAUGACAUCAGUGAUAGCCUGAAUUACCUGUGCAUCACCAGCAAUCGCAGUUUGUACCAGCCGAACUUGACCAGAGCAGCCAUUCUCACGGAGCACUUCCUGCCCUCCGCCUAUUUACCACCUGCCAAGUGCUUGAGUGAACGUAUUAAUUACUCCCACCUGCCAGUCACCAAUGGAGCCUAUCGUCCGUUGCCCGCAGAGUAUGGAUCCUAUUCCUACCUGCCACCACAGCGAUACGUUCGUAACCUGGCAGAAGGUGCCAUUGUGAUGCUCUACCAUCCCUGCGCCUUUCCCGGCCAAGUGAAGCAGCUGCAGGACAUGGUGGGCGGCUGCCUAUAUCGCCACUUGAUCACACCUUCGCAGGCUCUCACUCCGGAGCGCCCUUUGGCCCUGCUCGCCUGGAGUCGCAGCCUGGAGAUGUCCGUGGUGGAUCAGCGACUGGCGGUGGAGUUUAUCCAGAAGCACGCCAAGCAGGGACCGCUUGCGCCGGAGGAAAUGUCGCGGGUGGUGGACAAGAGGGAGACCUACAAGGAGGGACUGCUCACGGAGGCCCACUUGGUCACCACGGCGGAUGACUACGAGCUGUGCGGCUACCUGCAGGAGGGAAUGUAGGGAGAACAUGUUAACUAUUUGUUUUAAAUAUAAUUCGAAUAUUUUGUCUA